ACUACCAUUCACCCAAGUGUAACCAACCAAUCACCCUCAAAAUAAAAAACACUUGUUUUCCUUUUCAUUCUCUAUCAAGUCUAAAUCAUUCAUCAUCAUGGCCAGCAUUAGGGUUACAUGCGUUGUUCUUAUGGUGUGCAUGGCAUUGUUGAGUGCACCGUUGGUCCACGGCGCCAUGUCGUGUGGCACCGUGACCGUUUCCUUGACAUCUUGCCUCGGAUACCUGCAGCGCGGGGGAGUCCCGGCACCGACAUGUUGCCAAGGGGUCAAGAAUAUCCUUGCCAGUGCCAGGACUCCCGCCGACCGCAGGACCGUGUGCACUUGCCUUAAAUCAUCGGCCGGUCAAGUUCCCGGCCUUAAUCUUGCCAAUGCUGGCUCACUCCCUUCCAAAUGUGGUGUUAACAUCCCAUACAAGAUUAGCUCAUCAAGUUCUGAAGAGUAAUGGAUGUGGUGGAAGAGAAAGAGGACAACAUACAUAGCCAGUUUCUAGUAGCUUUAGUUUUCAGAUAUUUAAUAA